GAGGGCAAAAGGCUGACAGUGCUAACCUAAACCUUAAAGGAGGAUGCAGCGGCAAGAUUUUAAAGCCCAAGAGCGUUUGCAGGAGGACGUCGGAGGAGACUGACACCCCUCCCUACAAGCCCCUUUGCUUUUGACACCUCCUGGCUAAAGAAAACUUUAACCACUAGAGACUUUCAGUUAAGGCCAACUCUCUCAAACACUAAAAAAGACCUGAAAAUCAGCUCAGUCCCCACCAGAAGCACCGCCCCGCUUACGUACGUGCGCGCCUGAGCGCGCGUGCGCAUAGGCUGCUGGGAUGCCACCUCCUACCCCCAAUCCUGUCUUCCAGUUUCCCGGCGUGCUUCAGGCCCGCCAAAUGGGAGGGGGAGACGCAAGAUGGCGGCAGCCGCGAACUCGGGCUCCAGUCUCCCGCUGUUCGACUGCCCGACUUGGGCAGGUAAGCCCCCUCCUGGUUUACAUCUGGAUGUAGUCAAAGGAGACAAACUAAUUGAGAAACUGAUUAUUGAUGAGAAGAAGUAUUACUUAUUUGGGAGAAACCCUGAUUUGUGUGACUUUACCAUUGACCACCAGUCUUGCUCUCGGGUCCACGCUGCACUGGUCUACCACAAGCAUCUGAAGAGAGUUUUCCUGAUAGAUCUCAAUAGUACACACGGCACUUUCUUGGGUCACAUUCGGUUGGAACCUCACAAGCCUCAGCAAAUCCCCAUCGAUUCCACAGUCUCUUUCGGUGCAUCCACACGGGCGUACACUCUGCGUGAGAAGCCCCAGACAUUGCCAUCAGCUGUGAAAGGAGAUGAGAAGAUGGGUGGAGAGGAUGAUGAACUCAAGGGCUUACUGGGGCUUCCAGAGGAAGAAACUGAGCUUGAUAACCUGACAGAGUUCAACACUGCCCACAACAAGCGGAUUUCUACCCUUACCAUUGAGGAGGGAAAUCUGGACAUUCAGAGACCAAAGAGGAAGAGGAAGAACUCACGGGUGACGUUCAGUGAGGAUGAUGAGAUCAUCAACCCAGAGGAUGUGGAUCCCUCAGUUGGUCGCUUCAGGAACAUGGUGCAAACUGCAGUGGUCCCAGUCAAGAAGAAGCGAGUGGAAGGCCCUGGCUCCCUGGGCCUAGAAGAAUCAGGGAACAGGCGCAUUCAGAACUUUGCCUUCAGUGGAGGACUCUAUGGGGGCCUGCCCCCCACACACAGUGAGGCCGGCUCCCAGCCGCAUGGCAUCCACGGGACAGCCCUCAUUGGUGGCUUGCCCAUGCCAUACCCGAACCUCGCCCCUGAUGUGGACUUGACUCCCGUUGUGCCGUCAGCAGUGAACAUGAACCCUGCACCAAACCCUGCAGUCUAUAACCCUGAAGCUGUAAAUGAACCCAAGAAGAAGAAAUAUGCAAAAGAGGCUUGGCCGGGCAAGAAGCCCACACCUUCCUUACUGAUUUGAUAUUUUUGGUCGUGGAGAAGGGUGGGAUUGGGUGGGAUUGGGGUUAGAAGGGUGAUGGGGGAGCUAAUGAACUAGGGAGAAAAACUUUCCAUGUGUUCAGUAUCGUCUUUCAGACUGUCUCCUGGGGUCCUAACCAUGUAACAUUAAAACUGGGGUGGAGUUGAAAUAUCCCGUAAAAACCUGUCUUCAGAACACUUUCAGUAUAGAGAAAGGUUUCAUAUAUCCUCUUACAUAGACUGACUGCCCAGGCUCUUUCCCCAGCUUUCCACUACCUCCUUCUUUCUUUCUCCCUCUUUGUAGGAUAUUUUUAUGGAAAGUCAGAUAUCCCAGGCCCUCAGGUUGACGCCAGAGCUGUGGAGGUUACAGUAGCAUCACCAGCCUGGGGGCUCUACUAGCCUAAUUUAUAUCUACUAUCCUUGCAAGUCCCAGAUAGCAAAAGGGUUGCCGUGGAUCCCAGGUUGGUCCAAAAGAAGGCUUAGAAUUCUGUAGUUAAGCCAGGGUUUAAACUCAAAAAUGUUUUCUUGGGUCAGUGGUUUUGAGGUCCAGUAGUUAGGCUUUUCUCUUUUGUCCUUUUGUUGGAAUGAGAACAUUUUAAUUUUCCUUUGUGAGUGACCAGUGCCAUAGACACAGGUUUACAGUUUUUAACUUGCAGUAUUGUUUGAACUGAACUUUGUUUUCUUGUCAAACCUGAGCACUCCACUUGCUGAAGUUUCUUAUUUAAUUCCAGAGUACUAUCCUCUCCUCUCUGUGGCAUUACUUUCCUUUUUAAGUGUGUUUUGAAGGCAAUUUUUAAAGGAUAUGACCAGUUAGGGCAAUUCAAAUUAAAAAGGAAAAGAUUUUACUUUGCAAGUAGCUGAUGUCUCUAAGAAUUUCUAGAUGUUGGCUUGGAGGCUCUUCCCCCCUGGAUUGAGAGCUCUCGUUACCCGGAGCUCCAGGACUAAACCUGGCUAACAAACAGGAGACGAAGGUAGGAAACAUUGGUAUGAGCUUUGUACAGAGAUUUGUACAUUUGUGUAAUAGGCCUUUUCACGCUUUAUGUGUAGCUUUUUACCUGUAACCUUUAUUACAUUGUAAAUUAAACGUAACUUUUGUCA